AAAUUGAAAACUAAAAAUUAAAAUUGAAAUAGUUAUCGAACGGGCUUAAACAUGCAAAUUUGAUGUAAUAUGCAUGGAAUUUGUUAUAUAGUUUUUUUUUUUUCCCUUUAGGGUUUAGCACAGAACAUAGUAAAAGGGGGAGAUUCCCUGCUGCAAAUGAAGGUGAAAUUCAUUAAUAUGUGAUGGCAUGCAGAAACAAUUUAGUGUUAGUUGAAGAGGAUGGACCCUAUUGGAUUAUCAAGGGAACCUUUGACUCCCAGUCUACCACCACUCCUAUUUAUAUCAUGAAAAUCUUAACAGGACAAAUUGAAGAGUCUGCAACAGCCGGCUGGUUGUUGUUCAUAUCCCUUAUGUUUUGGAGAUGGGAGGACAAUUAUUGUCAAUAGGCCCUGAUUUUAUUAUUGACUUAUUUUGAUAUCUUCUUCUACAAUAAGCACUGAUUUGAUUUGUAAAUUUUUUAGCAAAAGAUCUUGACUUGCAAUCAGCGAUCGUAACUUGACUUGACUUGCAAAUCAACAGUUUUAACUUGUAUUAAAAAAAAAAAAAAAUUCAUAAUCUUUGAAGGGAGUCAGUAAAUGGGCUUUGAACCCCAUUGCAAGUAUUUUUUGGACCCAAUUGUAAAAAGACAACCAAAAGUCCAAUGGACUGAAACCCCCUCCCCCCUAAUUAUAAAAAAAAAUAAAAAGUCCAAUGAACCAUCUAUUUUUGGACCCACAAAGGAAGUACCAAAAGUCCAAGUUCCCAAAUUUGCACCAAAAAUUGGUAAGAAAUCCCAAGACGUCUAUGAGAAAAUUGGCAAAAUCUAAGAAUGUCCACGCCCAAUCUACCAAACUGGCUCUGCGCACACGUAUAAGGCCGCUGUCGCUAUUAUUGACCUUUUUACCCUUCGACUUGCUCUUUUGAAACUGCCAGCCCACUUUUACUAAAAUUUAUGCAGCCAGUUCCAAUAUAAAGAAAUUGAAACCCCUCACAUGAGUACCGCCCAAAUAUUGUUUAGGGUUUUUUUUUUUUAAAAAAAAAAAAUCACUGCAACGCUGUCCAAGACCAACACAAGACUCAUCAAGCACAUGACAAAUGGGCUCCAUUAAUGGCAGAUUUUCCAGAGUUGAGGUAGGUACACUGCAAACUGGACAACUCUAAAGUGAGUUCUUUGUUUAUGUUCUUGCAUACCACCAGUACCUUGGUUUCAUGUCAAAAGUGAAAGCACCGAGGUGGUGUUUCUGGUACCAAUAAUAGCCUUCUAGAGCCAUGGUUUAAGUUGCAAGUCUGGGUCAAAGUUUUGUUCUUUUUUGCACAUUGUUGACUAAAUCUCAAUUGGGUUUGUUGAGAGAGAAGAAAUAAUGUGCCUGUUGCUUCUUCACUUCAAAGUAUGAGUUGGGUUUGAUCUGAAUGCAAGCAAGGAAGCUGUUUUCUUGAGCUUACAAAAAGGUGAAAGCGUGUUUGGUUUCUAAGAAAGUCCUAAAAUUUGAUGGUGAAUUUAGUGUGCCACUAUCCUAAAAUGUCUUUGAAUCAAGCUCAAACCAGGCAAAGAAAUGAUUUUCUGACCAGCUAUCCUGGCUCUCGUUUGCUUUCCUCUUCUCUUUCAUCUUCUUCUUCUUCUCCUUCACUGCCAUUACCGUACAAUAGUGACUACCAAAGACACUCAAACCCAUCAUCAUCCUCUGGUAGUAAAAUAAGCCCAUCAGUUCUUUUUAUCAUAAUUAUUCUAGCUGUUAUAUUUUUUGUAUCUGGUAUCCUUCACUUGCUUGUUAGAUUUCUCACAAAGCAUAGAUCUUCGUCAGCAUCCGAAUCUAACAGAUACCCGGAACUCUCUGGGUCUGAAGUUUAUCAGAGACAAUUACAGCAACUCUUCCAUCUUCAUGAUUCUGGCUUAGAUCAAGCUUUUAUAGACGCUCUUCCUGUAUUCCUUUAUAAAGAGAUAAAGGCGAGAGAACCAUUUGAUUGUCCAGUUUGUCUGUGUGAGUUUUCUGAAAAGGACCAGUUGAGAUUGCUCCCCAUAUGUAGUCAUGCUUUCCACAUUGAUUGCAUUGACACAUGGUUACUGUCUAAUUCAACUUGCCCGCUUUGUAGAGGGACCCUGUACACGCCAGGGAUUGCCAUUGAAAACCCAGUCUUUGAUUUUGAUGAUCUAAGGGAAGAAGAUGGUUCUUUGGGCAAUGAAGGAAGCGGAGUUCUUACUGGCCAAAAGUCUGCAGAUAAUGAAAAUGGUGGUGAGAAAAAGGUAUUUUCUGUGAGACUUGGUAAAUUCAGAAGCACAAAUGAUGAGGGAGAUGGAGGUGGAGGAGCAGCAGUGGAGAGAGCAGAGGGAGAGACUAGCAGUAGUAGUUUGGAUGCAAGGAGAUGUUACUCAAUGGGAUCAUACCAAUAUGUGGUUGCUGAUUUAGAGUUGCAAGUGGCUUUAAGGCCCAAAAGAGCAGCUGCUGCUGCUGGAAGUGGUGAUAGUGUGAGGCUUGUGAAAGGGAGAGCUGGACAAAAUGGGAAUUCCCACUGUGAUGGUGAUGCAGAGGGGAAAAAAAUUAACAGUGGAAGUAAAGGUGAAAGCUUUUCUGUUUCCAAAAUUUGGCUAUGGCCUAAGAAGGGUAAAUUUCCAAAUUCUUCAGAAACCCAUAUGGGCGCUUCCUCUGUUACUGUGGGUUUGCCAUGGAGUGAUAGAUCUCAGGUUACAUGAAGUUAUUCACUGUGAUAUGUACUUUCUGCAAUAUAUCAAUGAAUCUAUUUAAUUUUUUCAAAGCACGAAAAGAAUUUUUGGCUUUUGCUUU